UUUUAUUUCAGUUCGUGUGAUGAAGAAAUGUGUUGUUGCUCGUCUACAAGUGGAACAUGUGGAGGAGCUGGAGCGGGCUAUAGUGAAGUUGGCUGUGGACGUUCAGGUUGUGCUGCUAUUUGUGGUACAUCUACUGACACAUCAAUGAAAUGUUCGCCACGACGGCCUGACUCUUGUUGCACGACUAGUGGUUGUUCAGCGGGUGACGCCCAAAUGAAGUCGCAAACUGGCACAGAAGAGGAGGAAGCUGGAACAUCGGAUGAUGAUGCUUUUCUAGCUGGUAGCAAUAUUGAAUACCAACACCCUUUACGUUCGAAUCUCUUGACCCAACAUCCUCAUUCGCCAACAGCAAAAAUUAUACUCGGCCGACAGCCAUUUCAGCUUCUUCAAGAACGACAAUAUUCUACUAGUACCACAGAUGGUUCAGCAAGUGCGCAAGUAACACCUUCAGCUGUUGAACUUUGUGCUAGUGGAAAAAGUGUUGGAAGUGGACGACAGCGUUUUUUUGGAAGUGGAGAACAUGAGGGUGGAUUGCAGGCUUUACCAGAAUUGUCCGAGACAACUACGUCUUCACCGCUACCUCGACGUUUUUCAGCUCCAUAUGUGGAUAUUUCACCUACAGAUGAACAAAAUAGGGCAGAGGAGAUAGUGCCAGCAAAUACGGCAACACGGACGACUGCUGUUAGCAGCGUUUUGACACGUCCAAAACAUCAACAAAAAGGUGCUAAAUUAAUCCAAACAAUGAGCAGUGGUAGCAGCGGGAGUGGAAGUGGUAGUGGAGGUAGCGGAGCUAGUGCCCAGACUGUGAUUGGUGUUGCUGGAGUGAGCAUAGAGCAGACUGAAAUAUUACAGCAGCAACAAGCAAGAAUAGUGGGUACUGGUGUGGUCCGACGGCGUAGUUGGAGAACUCAUUAUACACGCCCGAAAAAUAAAUCUCUUGAUAGUGAGAUUGUUGUUGGAGUUGACAUUAGAGAAGAAGCCACUCCAUCUUCUUCUCAUUCAAUUCAUUUACGCUGCAGUUCCCCUCUUAUUUUUGGUCGUAGACAUAGCUCUAAUGGAGAUGCACACAAGGAAAAAGGCAUAACAGAAGCGACCCCACAAACAUCAUCGACCACUCCAACAGCAGAAAGAGGGACGCUUAUUAGGAGAAAAUCUUCAAAUAAUAAUAAUGCAACUAAAUCAAAACCGCCUGUUCAAACACGUAAAAGUACUCAAAUAUAA